AUGUCGCUCGGAAAGACUGCCACCUUGAACACGGGAGCAAAGAUCCCUUUGGUUGGUUUGGGAACUUGGCUCUCAAAGCCAAAUGAAGUUGAGCAAGCUGUUGAAAUUGCUUUGAGGGCUGGGUACCGUCAUAUUGAUGCCGCUGCCAUCUACAACAACGAGGAGGAAGUUGGUCGAGGAAUUAAGAAAUCCGGUGUCCCCCGGUCCGAGUUCUUCUUGACAAGCAAGCUAUGGAACCACAAGCGCGCGCCAGAGGAUGUAGAAAGCGCUCUUGACCAGACAUUGAAGGAGCUCCAAACAGACUAUCUAGACCUCUACCUUAUCCACUGGCCGAUUGUCUUCAAAUCCGGCGACGAGCAGUUCCCCCACACCGAAACCGGAGAGUUUGCACUAGGCAAUGUCCCCAUCGCAGACACCUGGGCAGCUAUGGAGAAGCUCCUCGACACCGGCAAAGUCAAGGCCAUCGGAGUCUCAAACUUCAACAUCCGCCGCCUCACUGAACUCCUCAAGACCGCCAAGGUCGUCCCCGCAGUCAACCAGAUCGAAGCACACCCAUUCCUCCAACAGCCAAAGCUGAAGGAAUUCUUGGAUUCGAAGGGCAUUCACAUCACCGCCUACAGCCCACUCGGAAACAACAUUUAUGGAAAGGCCAGAGUUAUCGAUGACGAGGCCGUACAGCAGGUUGCAAAGGAGACUGGCAAAGAUACCGCUCAGGUACUUAUUGCAUGGGCCGUGAAGAGAGGAACCAGUGUUGUCCCCAAGAGUGUGACCAAAUCACGUAUCGAAUCAAACUUCCAACAAUUCGAACUUUCGGACGAGGCAUUCGCGAAACUCAAUGCAUUGGACAAGAACCAGAGAUACAACGACCCUGUUGAGUGGGGUUUCGAUAUGUUUGAGGAGCAUGACGAGGCUUAUGUUAAGGCUGCUGCCCAAAAAUGGGUUGAAGAGAACUGGAAAAAGGAAUAG